GGCAGCCGUGGACUCUUCAUAGUGUACACAGCAGCUUACGCUGCACGUCAACCAGCAGGGGGAGCUCCUUUACGUGCUCUUCUAUGUAUGUACACUGCACAGUACCCUCAGGGUGUUUCCCGCCUUUGCGGUGUAAUGGCUAUGGCUGAGGCUGUCGGUGGUAGUUCUUCAUAUUCCAGGGUCUUGUCACCUUUUGACCUCAGGGUAACAGAACAAGGAGAACAAUGGGUCCUCAGAAAACAUGUGAGAGUCGGGAGCCCAAAGGAGAAAGAUAAGAACCAAACGCAAAAACGGAUAUAUGAGUCAAAUGAAAAAUCUGGAAUAAUUACCCUAACUAUAUUCACCACGGGUCAUUUUUUCAUCUCUCAAGGACCUACACUAGUGGAGGGUUUCUCUUUAAUCUCUGCAAAGUCUUGGAUGAAGAUAGGGAAAAAGUUAGAUUGGCUACUUUUUGGUUCAAAAAUGAAGGAUGAGUUCCGCAUGUUCAAGGUUCAGUUUGAUGGCGACUCCAAGAAUAAAGCCCAGGAAAACUGUGACAGCUGCUUUCAAAGGCUUCAGCAUUUCCUAUGUAGCCAGAAUGAAUCAGUUGAAGAGUCAUCUCAAAGCUUUCCAGAGCAAAGGAUUACUGUGGCGCAGGUGGCACAGGGUAUGGUGAUGGGCAAACAGGGAAAUAACGUAGAUGUGAUCAAUCCAUGCCCUACCUUUAAUGUGGAACUUUGUACCUUUCUCAAAUUAUGUUUCUUGGACCAAAACUUUCCAGGGUUUGUUGAAGCAGUAGAGAACGAGUUGUACAAACUUAUUAAGAACUAAGUGAUUGAAACUAAAUAAAUAAAUCUUAACACCAGAA